GUUUACUAGUUUUAUCUCAUAAAUACUGUGUUUAAAGCAAGACUAGACAAAAGUACAUUUAUAUCAUAUAAAAUUAGUCUUUUUUGUGUGCUCCAAAGUAACUAAAUAUUUAAUUUCAUAUUAAAAUGGAUUAUAUAGAUUCUGGGAAUAGUCAGAUGAGCACUGAGGUAAGUUUUCAAGAUGAGGCAGCAUUCCAUUCAGCUAUUGCUGAUGUUAGAAAUGAUGCUAGUGAAGUAAAUUAUGUUCUAUGCGGCCAUGUGGAAGGAAACCCUAACAAAAUUGAUGUCCUGUACACUGGCACUGACACAUCAGAGAUUGGCUCUAAGAUGGAUCCAGCUGAGGCUAUGUAUGGCUUAGCAAGAUAUGAAACCAAGUUUGACCUGUCCACGACAGUCAAAUUCGUCUACAUUCACUGGAUUGGGGAUAAAAUAGCAAUAGGCAAGAAAGGGAGAUAUGGAGUUGUUCAUGGCAGUAUUGAGUCAAGGUUUUCUCCUUACCAUCUUCUAGUUGAAGCCAGUUCACCCGCGGACUUAAAUAGUGACAAAAUUUUACAGACAUUGAUGGAAACAGCAGGCACCAAGUCAAAAGUCCUUGAUGAUGACCAAGUGACCAAUAGACAGAUGCGAGGCUUCACACAGACACAACUGCCCCAGCGGGAUAAGAAAUCCAGUUUUGGUGUGUCAGCUGUUUCUGCUAAAGGUGCAGAGGUGGAGAUUUUAUCUGAUGUCAGGGAAGCUGUGAGUAAAGUGAGAAUGGAUGGAGAUCCAGCAACAUGGAUGGUUGCUGGAUACAGAGAUGCUAAUCCAAAAGGUCCACUUCAGUGUAUGGGCUGUGGAGAGGGUGGCCUUGAAGAUCUUAAGAGCUGUCUGGACGAGACACUUCCCAUGUAUGGCCUUUACAGGGUGACCCAUAAAGAUGCUGAUGAUAUCACGACAGUUAAGUUUAUUUACAUUAUUUGGGUAGGUACUAAAGUCAAGCCAAUGGCUAAGGCUAAAAUAUCUACACACAAAGGUACAGCAGAAGAGAUCUUCUGUCCAGCUCAUGUGACUGUUUAUGCUUCAGAGUUGUCUGACAUCAAUGAGCGUGACAUAAUGGAGAAGAUCAAGCAGCAAGCUGCCCAGUGAAUACUUGGCAUGUAGAUGUCAUUGGAUGAAUAUACCAAACUCCAAGCAAUACUCUUUGACAUAGUAUUCCUUAUACACUUAUGUUUUGGCCAUAAGACUUGAACUUGUUGAUUGUUGACAUUUAGUUUAACCUCUUUGUAUAAAAUAUCAACAAAACAAGCUACAUUAUAGUUUCCUAUGUAAAUGAUAUUAAUGUAAAAAUGUAUUACAACUGUAAACAAGGAGUAAAAAAAAAGUUGUUGUUUUUUAAAUUAAAGAUAUUUUAGUGUUUUUUUAUUUUAUAGUUGAAGGUUUUAACAUUGUUUUUUUUUUUUUGUUUUUUUUUUUUUUUUUGUUGUUGUUUUUUCUGCAUAUCAAUAAAUCCAGAAUGAGAAUUUGUGUAAUGUUCUGGGUAACUAUUUCAAAUUGUUUAUUGACUAUUUUAUAAUUAACUCAAGGUAUUGAAAGUGAUGUUCCUUUCAUUUCUUCAAUAGGACUUAACUUUUUUUUAAAUGGAUUCUAGUAAAAGUCUAACUUUUGAGUCAUCUUAAGUAAUUUAUAUAUUUUUAUUUUAUUUUAUAUCAAUUUCACUAUCACUAGGACAAUAGGUUAUCUCUAUGAGAUCUGGGUUCUUUUUAAUUACUUUUUUUUUUCCUUUCACUCUUUCUGAACUGAUUGAUAAUCAUUGAAAGCAAACCUUGAUCAAAAUAUUUAAACAUGAGUAUAUUUUGACAUGUGCAUGGGAAAUUGUGACGUAGAGUUCAAAGGCUUUGAUUAAAGUCAAUCUUCUGGAUUGGAACCCUUGUAGAGAUGGGAAGUUUUUAAUUUAGUGUUCAAAUAUCAGAAAUGAGCUAUUUAGGAGAUUCUUAAAGCAACGCAGCUUUUAUAGUUACCAUUAGUAUACAUACUUCACUCAAACCAAUCAGAAAUGAGCUAUUUAGGAGAUUCUUAAAGCAACGCAGCUUUUAUAGUUACCAUUAGUAUACAUACUUCACUCAAACCAAUGUCCACACACAAAGUUACAUGUGACUAUACUUUCAAGAUGUAUGAUAUAAAUAUUAUAAGUAAAAGUAAAGCUCAGCAUUUAAAGUUACUAUCAUUAGGUCGGGUAAGUCAAGUUAUUGCUUAUUGCAUUACAAUAACCUCAUUGAUUAUUUGAAACCAAGUUGUUGUUUUUUUAAUACAUUUUUUUUGCAUGGAAAUAUGAUACCUAAAAGUGGUUUAUUCUUAGUUUAAAACUUAAAGUAAACAAAAUAUUUUGUGUGUAAGCAAAUAAUUCAAAAUGGACUAAAGAAUAUAAGUGAGCAGUUACAAAUAAAUCCUCAGUGUGGUAUUUCUUUCUCCACUCCAUUGUGCGGAUCUAUAAGUGCUAAUACAGAUAUUAUUGUUGCUAAUUUGCUUUGUUUAUUUCUAGAGUUUUUAUUCUUUUUUGUAUGUCACUAUUCUGAGUUACAGAAUCUUUUUCAGAUAAUGAUAUUUAAACAUACAAUAUGUGUUGAUGUUUUACUAUUUAAGUCUUAAUUGCAUUAACAUUGAUAAUAUUUAAAAUAUUUUAAUUCUUGUUCAUCUUCAUUGAAGGACCAAAGAUAUUUUUAUUACACUUUUAGUGUUUUUUUUUUCCUUUUUUUAAAUACUUCUGUAUGUUUCUUUAUAAUUAUGAUGCUAAUAUAAUAAGAAUAGUUACUCUUAUUUGUGCAUACAUAGUCAUUGGACACUACAUAUUUUUACAAUAUAUUUGACCAAUUUUUACUCUGACUAUAUCAUAUCUCUAUGCAAUUUCUUGCCUUUUAGCAAUUGUUUAACAUUGAUUUAAUAUAUUUUUACUGUUUGAACUCUUAAUUCCAUUUGUUGAGACAAAAACUUUUGUUGUUUGUUUGUAAUGAUCAAGUAUAAUACUACUUUGUUUAUUGAUUAUGUCCCUUGUUAAAUGGGUUGGAGCAUAGUUGUCAAACUUUGAAAAUAGUUUUCUCUUUUCUCCUUUUAAACUUGCUCCUGUUAAUUUACUUAUUUUCUUGUCAUUUUUCUGCUUCUACGGGGAAAAUGUUGCAGAAGAAAUACAACUUUUUAUUUUGCUAGAUUUGACGGCUGAUGAAGCAUCACUUCUACUCUACCAAUCCUAAAUAUUUGGUACUGUAUGUUCUCAGGGCUGUUUACCAUUCUUUGUUAAAUCUACAAUUUGUUGAGAUGAACCAUUUUCAUUCCUUGUUUCAUCUUGCUGUCUUUUUGACUGCUAUUCUUUGUAUUAGAAGACAAAAAUACAAUUCUAUAGAAGAAAUUGUAUCUUGAGAACUUGUUGUUAUCCAACUUUUCUGUGAUGUUUUUGUUUUUCAUGACAGUAACUUGUUUUCUGUUUGAUGGGAAACAUUAGCCAAAUUGUCUAUACCUAAGCCUAAUUAAUAUAGUUGCUUUAUUAAAGAAUGUCUAUACCUAAGCCUAAUUAAUAUAGUUGCUUUAUUAAAGAAUGUCUAUACCUAAGUCUAAUUAAUAUAGUUGAUUUAUUAAAGAAUGUCUUUUAUAAUAAAGACCUGACUUUCUGACAUUAAGUUUUAAUAUCAUAAUAAUUGAAAAAAGGGUGGGAGAAUGCUGGUUAAAAAUUGCAUCAUUAAAUGAAAGAAGUUUUGUAAUGAAAUAUUCAUUUGAUUGAUAUGCAUGACAAGAUUUACACAUGGAUAUGUAUAGGACAUAAUUAUUUUAUUUUUUGAAGGGUUUCCUGCAAUAUAAGAUAAGAUCAUUCCCUUAUUUGAGAUUUUCAUAAAAAGGAAGCAAAUUCAUAUAUAACAAGCAUUUUGGUGUAUCUGGUAUGCAGAAGAUGGAAAGUUUGAUAAACUAAACAUUUUCAAAACGAUGUUUGGCUGCACUUUUUCAGCAUUUAGAAUAAAUAAAAAAUCCUGUUUGUAAACAAAGAACAGAUGCCAGAUUAGUUUGAAAGUGUCCAGUCAAAGAUUUAGAUUGAAUGUGUCACUUUGUAUUGAGAGUUGCUGAAGACAAACUCUAGAUGUUCAAACCUGACUUUGCUGAAAGAGCAUUGAACUACUUAUUAUAGCCCCCAAAAAAUGUUUGAAUUGCUUUGACACUGCUAAUUGAAAGUUUUUAGAUGGUAUAACAUCAGAAACUGGUUAAAAGGUUUUUGAUAGGUGUAACAUUAUGAACUGGUAAAGGAAAGGUUUUUGUUUCUCUAAAUCACUUGUUCUUAACAUUGUGGUUUUUGCAGUAUUGGUGAACCUUACAUGCAUUUAGAAAUCAUGUUUGCACAAUGUUGUUGUUUUUUUGUGUUUAUUGUUAAUUUAGGUCGUAGGUCAUCAUAGUCAUCAUAACUUCAGAGUAAUAUGCAUUAUAAAUGAAGAUUGUAAAACUAUGAUAUAUUAGACAUUUAUAAGUGAAGCAUCAAGUAAUUGUUUUUGACAUAGUCUGUCAUUAGGUGAAAAUAAAAUUACAAAAGCUAUUCUAAAACUAAUAAAAGUAAGAUAUCAAUUUUGGAAGUAAGGACAUAUGUUACAGUGGUAAUUAUGUUCCAUAACAAUAGAAUGAUCAGAAUAGUACAGAUUUUUCAUAAUCUGAAAAUUACAUCAUCCUCUGUAUAAAAUAAAAAAAAAAAAAAAAUUGUUUCAGCCACUGACCUAUGUAAUCAUGUUAAUUGUUAUGUUGUUAAAUUUGCUCAGAUAGUUUUAUAAAUUAUUUCCCUAGCCAGUAAAUGAACAUCUAUUGGUCAAUAGAGGUAUUGAAAUUGUUAAUAGUUUUAUACUAGAGCAAGUAAUGUAAUCAUAUUAUCCUUUUGUAGAAAUUUUUCUCACUAGCUAUGUUUAGAUACAAACACACAAAUCUACCUUACUCAAAUAUAAUACAAAAAUGUGUAGUUCAAAUUUGUUGCCAACUACUAAAGUAUUAGGUUGAAUGUAUUGAUUCACUAAAUGUAUUUCUUUUCUUGUCUGUAUACAAAUAUUAUUCAAUGACUGAUUCUACUUGCUAUAAAUUAAUAUAUUUGUCAUAUCAAUACAAAUAUUUCAGAUUCUAAUAGUUAUCCAUUAUGUAUUAAUUCUACUGGCUAUGAACUAUGCCUCUUUUGCUUGAAUGAAAUACAUCUUAAAAAUAAACUAUCCUUAUUUACUAGA